AUGCACUCCAAGCUCAAUGCUUCAAGGAAUACACACACACACACAUACACAGCACUGUUGACCAUGCCCAUAACAUCGCCGCCGCCCAAUCGACGGCAGCUACUGCGCAGCGUUGAAAGCUUACGCGGACGCGUUUGUCAAAUAUUAAAUUGUGUUAUUAAUUUGCACAUUGAAUUUUUGGUGCUCGAAUCGAAUGUGGCCGCAUUGCUGGAUGAGGUGAGAUGCCUGAACGAUGACUACGCCGAGGUGCAGCGCUUGGAUCAAAUGAUCGAGACACUGCGUGACUACAGUGGACCCACCAUAUGCCACGAGUGGCCAUAUCCUUUGAUUUUUAGGGGCACAAUCGACGAGGCACACGUCGCACAAAUACUCAACACAACGGAACUAGUUCCGGAGCCAUCGCCAGCAACAGUCAGUGCCAAGGAUGAGCUGUCGAAGCGGACGGAACUGGAAGCGAGCGAGCUAGCUGGCCUAAGCAGACGUUCAAAACUGUGGCGGUUCACGCGAACCAGAUCAGCGGCGCGAAAAACAGAACAAGCUAGUCCAAGCUGAUGAACAGUUGGAAACUACUAAUGCAGUCGGAACUCGACACAAUAAUCGAAAUCAUGACAAUCGACUACAACUAGAUCAGCUCCUAGAAUAGAAUAAGGAACUAGUCUUAGCUGAUUGAGAGGUUUGUUUC